GUCGUCGCUUUGGGUGUCGAAAUCCAAUUCUAUAUCACAAUUCAUUUGGAUUAAUCAAAGCAACCAGUGCUGUGAAUGAUCAAUAAUUAAUUAUUAAUCGUUUUCCGAUUGAUUCCGAGUCAUUAGGAAGUGAAAAUCCGAUUUGCAAAGUGGAAACAGGGCCCGUCCCGUUAGUGCGAAGAAAAAGAAGUGUAUACCCAGUGAUGUGUAAAGCAAAGCCAAAGGUUUCUUAGGCGGUCCAGCGGUGUGGUGUGCGUGCGAUCCGAAACUCACCUGUCAACUUUCUACAACACAACAACAACACCGUGAGACCGUGAGAAGAGCCGCUGGCUGGCUGGCUGGCGUGAAAGCUUUUUCGGGGGCUAUUGCUACUGGUGUGAUUGGUGCACCAACCACAUAGAGCUCUAAUCAUCAUCGGAUCGCAACAAAAUAAUGAAAGUCCCGAACUGCGGCUGCUGCUGCUGCUGGUGGUGGUGUUAAAAACCCAUCCGAGCACGACGCGGCUUCCCGCCUCAAUGCCAGUCAUCGGGACGCCACCGCUGCUGCUGCUGUUGCUGGCUGGCUGAUGCAGCACGUUUGGCGGCGCGACGUUUGGCACUUCAUUAAUACCGCGACCGCGAGUGAGCGCGCCGGCCGUUCGCUGCUGCCCGAGACGGAGACGGACGACGCACGCAAUCAGUGAAAGAGAUAUGUCUAGGGAAAAACAACAAUACUGUCGAGCAGAGUUUACGAGUACACCGAAGGCCAGUGAAAAAGUGAGAAAAAGCAGAAUAAAAGCCGCCGGCGAGUGAAGUGAAGUGAGGGAAAGGUUUUCAGAUUGCACCAGCAGUCAGUGUGUGAUCGUGUGUUGGUUGAUAGCUGAAAAUUUUUGAGUGAACUCAAAUCAAAACAAAUAGUGUUAAUGCAAUCUGCUGACUGAUGAGAGCGGCUUAGGAGGGGGAUUAUUAUGAACAGUUUACAACAACCUUAGUAUCGGACAGUAGCUUGCUAGAAAAUGCACGAUCUAUUCACAACGGUUUUAUCGAAGCGAGAUCUCUCGCGAGCUGGCGAACUGUUUUCGGUCGCCGAUUACGAGAUUGUUAACGAUUUGAGUGAUGUGCUCGAGGAAAUUUCAUCCAUCAUUAGCCACGAAGACUACCUCCAAAAUAGCAACGAUCAAUCGGUGAUCGAAAUUUGCAUCAAUCGAGUCACGUCAUGCAUCAAAAAGACAAACACCAUCGAGAAGCACUGCGCUGGUUUGGUUAGUUUGCUAGAAACCUGCCUAAAGUAUAAUCUGAAGCCAUCCAGCAAGGAGUCGGAUCCGCCUCAUGCGAAAAUUUCGUCCGAUAUUAUCUCAAGCAUUUUUCUGAACUACAACAAAAAACAUGUUAUGGAAGUAACACUGCCAGUAGCGGUAAAGUUCCUGAACAAAGGCAACCUGGAAUUGUCCCGAAACUUGGCCAGUUAUUUGUCGUCGGCGGCGAUCGAGUACUCCUACCUACUAUCGCCCCACGUUGAGCUGAUCCUGGAGUCGCUUCUCGGCGGAAACUACGGUUUGUGUCACGUCCUAUCGCAAAUAUAUGAAGCUGCCUCCGAACCGAUCAACGCCGAGGCGGAACGGUUCGUCGAAAUCAUUCCAAAAUGCGAGCAUCAAGAACAAAUAGUUAUCCUUCAGCUGCUGGUGGCGAUUGCCAAAAAUAAACCGUCCUCUCUGCUAGACUGCAUUCCUAAACUUUUCGAUUUGGCACAGAAAUCUUCCAUUUCGACGGCUGUAAUGUUAGUGAUCCUUAAAUUAGCGGAAUUUAGACCGAUCAAAAUGAGUGAGUACACCGAAGCGGUGAAAAGCACGGCUCAAGCGGUACCGCAGACGGUUGGUUUCGCAGCGCAAAUUCUGUCGGCCAUCGGAAAGUCCAGCAAAGAUCGAGCGCAGGUCGCUCUAGAUUUUGUCCUCGAAUAUCUCCCGAAAGCAGAUCGUCCCCUGCAGACGACCCUACUGAAUGAGGCAACGAAACUUUGCACCAAAUACCCGGUUCUAUUCACCGACAAGGUUACAUCCGUUGUCCGGCAACGGCAGUUGAACAACAGCAAUCAGGUUAAACAGACCCCAGCCGGAGUGACGAUAGUGAAUCUAAAUUCCUCGGCCACCCUACCGGUUGCGGCACCAGCUGCCGCAUCCAUAACGACAACUCCCCCGGUAACGGUCGACACUCGUCCGAUAUUUUCGAAAACACCAAACGUGGCAGUGAUUAGUAAUGGAAAUGCCGGCCCGGUAACAACCAGCACCAGCACCAGCGCCAGUCUUGUGUCGACUACCGUCAUCAACACCUCGAAUGGAACGACAACAACGUCGACCAUUCAUCCCGCGCUGCUGACAAACUUCAUGAACUCCGCCAACGGGACGCUGGCGGUGAACGGAGGUCAGGCUGCAGCAGUGGUGUCUCCAACUCCUCCGCACACCGGGUACACCCGUCGAGCGAAAUUGGGUGACUCGCGCAGUACCGGCCGGUUGCACUCCGGUGGGGGCGGUAACAAAAGCAUGACUAGACUGAACAUUGCCGGUGGGUCUGUGGGCGGUUUGCACAAAUCGAUGACGAGGUUGAGCUCGUCGCAGCUGAUCGGCCAAUAUAACGGUGAUAUGGUCGCACUAGAUGAAACCGGUAAGCCUCUGCAGGGUGCUGCGAGUGGAGCUAGCGGCGCAGCCGGCGUCAGCGGAGGCGGCGGCAUCGACGGAAGCAGUGCCGGCGGUGGCUCCAACUCAAACAGUAACAUACUAAACAGUCAUUCCAGUGGAAACGUAGCAAUAGCAUUUGCCAACAAGAACAAUAGCGUGCAAAAUUUUUCAUCCCCAAUCCCGCCACCACUGAGCCAACAUGUGACGAUAACGGGUGAAAACAAGUGGGGAAUUCCUCAGACGAAAAUCACCUCCGGUGGGGUGACGGUGACUACAUCCCCAACACGUGGUCAGCGACCAUAUUCGCAGGGUCCCAGCACACUGAUGGGAUCGACCGGAGCGCUUGGGAAGAAUUCGCUCGGUGGUCUUAACCAAUCCACCGGUUCGAUCGGAAUGGUUCAAGUACAUCACGCUUCCCCGGCGUCACCAACCUUGUUCAACAAUCAUUCCCAGCAAACAUCACCUCAGCUAACAACGCUUUCGCUGAAUUCGAACGACGACGCCAACAACCAGGUCAGCGUUUCCGGACCUGCUACGGUAACGACUCGAAGAAACGACAAUCGCAGUGUAACACUGCUAAAUGCCAGCAGCGUUAAUCAGCGGAUGAGCGUCUUCGAACCCUACCCAAUGCGGGAUACAAUACAGCAUUUCUGUGAAAAACAUUUGGACAAAAUCAAGGCCUUCACCGAAAGUGUCGCUCAACGAAUUCCUCCGCCGGCUAAGUGCAUCAUCGAGGAACGGCGGGCAAAGAAAAUGGCCAAGCUGCACUUUGCCUGUCAGGUGCGGGGUCCACACUGUCUCUACUCACGAACUAUGUUCACAAUGAGAACACGCAAUCCUCGUACGUGGAUCCAUCUGAUGUUCCUUGAUCUGCAGGCGAGGGCUCCCCAGAAUGCGCUCAGCAGCUGGGACCCAAGCGUCAGCCGGUUGAAACAUUGCUGGGAUACGUUGAAAUGUGAGAACAAAACCUUCAUCACCUUGGUUACCAGUGCGUUUCCGAACGUGAAAGAGCAGGAGACGUUGAUAAGUGAAUUGCGAAACGCCGGAUUUUUCGAUGUGUUCGAACUGGGAGCGACCAGUACGCCGGAAGGGGCUAGCAGUGAGGAUUUACAAUUUCAGUGGGGCUGCUUCCUGUGCAAUCACCCGGAAAAGGCGAUGGGAUUUCUGCACGGUAACAAUCAACCCGUCAUCGAAGGUCAACUGAAAGAGAAGAAAGGUAAAUGGCGUCUGUUCCGGCGGUGGAGAACACGCUACUUCACACUGUCGGGAGCGCAUUUGUCGUGCAAAGGAUCGGCCGGAGGCGAAAGCAUUGAUGUUAAUCAAAUUCGCUCCGUCAAGGUAUCCCGUGGGGCGAGGAAUAUACCGAAAGCUUUCGAAAUCUUCACCGGAGACCAGACGCUUAUCCUGAAGCCGAAAGAUGGCAACAAAGCGGAGGAGUGGGUCCAAUGCUUGAGUAUUGUGCUGGCACAUUCGCAGGCCCGUGAUAGUCCUACCACUCGAACUAAUAGCCUUCCUGCUCGCAGCCUUGGAAACAGUCGGACUGUAUUUUAAACAUAUCACACAGAGUAUCACACGCAUCAGUGCUUGAGAAAGGCCAACAAUUUGAAAGACUUAAAAAGUAAUCGUGUACUUAACUUACCUACUUAUAAGCAAACAUUUCCUUCCAUUAUCACUUAUUACGCUAGCAGUUAUAUUCUCUGCUACAGAGUAAACUUAGCAUUAAACUAGACACUAAAGAGAUACUUAAUAUAUCGUAACAGGACAAUCGUAACAUAAACGAUAGAGUAAGCGAAAAACAUUUUAAAACUAACAAACAAUCGAACGCGGUACCAAUCGAUAUGCCAAUUCGUUCAACAUACCAAGCAAAUUAUGUGUCAAUUUUAAAUUGAUUUCAACAAGAGAUAACAACAACAUAUCAAUGAAACAAACUAAAACUAUUUCAUACUUCCAGCAAUAAAAUUAAGCUUCACCCUGUAUACUCCAUUAAAAUAAGGAAGACUACUUAUUUGUUGCCUAUUUUUACCAACCGCUAUGCUCGGAUUUCGCGCUUCCGCCCCCUUCCAUCUAUUGACUAGUUCUUAAGUAAGUGAACACGGAAAAUACACACACACACACACACUGAGAGAAAAGUUUGUUAAGUUUUUACUCUUGUCUAUCCGUAUUGGAAGCUGAACAGCAGCCAGUCAACAGGACCGGUGCAGUACUUAGAAACUUAACUGAACGGAAAAGUGCUGUUUAGCAAUUUAUUUAUUGAGAGAAAAAGUGAGAAUAUA